AGUACGGUGUCAGUUGUUGUUUGAGAUAGUAGCAAAUAUGGUGACUUUGUGCUAACCCGCUUUCCCACCUUUAGGAGUGUGAAGAAGUCAUCUCCAGUUGAAUUCCCAUUUAAGAGUUCGCAAAGUGAUUAGGCAUUUAAGAGGGGGAGGUGUCUCAUAUGACUUCUCAAGAGUCUCCCAGAGCCAUUGAGUGCGCCCAUCCACGUCCUCGGCGAUGAUCAAACCACCCUCUCGAUGGCAUUUGGAAGUGAUUAGAUAAUAAGUGUGGUGGUCCGGAGAUGAAGUGAUCUGGAUGCUUUCGGGGUGAGGGAUGCUGUGAUGGAGUUGAUGGUGAAUUAGAGAACAACGUUUGUAUGAUACAAGUUGUGCGUAUGUGAAGGCAUUUCUCAGCGGGUGGAUCGCUAAGCCCGCUGGUGCUUCACUUUCAUCCCCUGGUUUUAGCUUUCCUCCGGUAAACGCAAUCGUGUGUGUGUGCGAGGGUGUGUUGGCAACGAUUCGCAUAAUAUUUUCGCCGUGGCUGAGGAAUACAAAACGGCGUCAAAACGUGGUCGGAAUUGAAGAGAGGUCUGCAAUCCCUGUGGGUGACUACAUGGUGUAGCUCCGAACUGCAGCGGAAAAAUCAACAACUACCCCCGGCCACCAUCCACGACAGACGUCCCCCCGUGGCCACCCUGGCACCCCCAACGGGCUCCCAGAGCAGCGAGAAGCUCAUUGUGACACCAAGCAGUGAAACAGAGAUGGAUGACAUGUUUCUCCAGUGCAAUAAAAACGCGAUUUAUGUCCUCAACAGCAGCUACCGCUAUGGGGAGUAUGACAUGAUAAACUUAUUUGGAUCACCGGCUGGGAGAGCACUAAAUUCAUCAAAGACACCACAGACGUCCCCACAGCCCCUACCUGCGAUCUCACCCACGGCUUAUCCACCCCUUCCCGGCCACAGAAGCAUCAGCAAUGACGAAGGUGAAGCUGCGGCAGCGAAAUCCUCGAAGAAGACCUCCAUCUUCAAAUCGUCGAAUAUUGCAGCUAAAAAAUGCAAAUUCUGGAAAUUCCUCGAGGAUGAAAAAUUAAAGAAGAAUAGCGUUGAAGAUCUCUCGACCACGAGCAGUGGACAGAGCAGUUCUAGUCGAUGGAGGAAAUCGAAUCGUAAAUCGAGCACAGAACUGUACCGAGAAGCUGCUCAAUUACUCGGACUCUCCUGUACAUUGAGUGACAAUUGCCGGUGUAUGGAUUGUCAGAGCCGUUAUUUCGACUGUGAUGACUCCGACACGUACUCGGACCAUUCGUUCAGGGUGGACUUUGGAUGCCCCGAGGAUACGCUCACCGGGGACGUUAGUGAACGCGCGGACCCGGGUAAUGGAGCGCUGUGGGCCAGCAGCGACUGCCGGGACAAGUAUUGCACUUCAGGUGGCUGUGAGGAGCUCUCGAACAGCGAGUCCGUGAGCGAUUUGAGUGUGGACGAGGAGGCGCACUGUAGCCCCGUAGCUGUGACAUAAUGCUGAGGACGCAUAGCGCAGCAGUGAUAACCAUCAUCCCCCCCAUAUGGCAUUUAUGCUCACACAGCGUCCAAGGCAUCGGGGCUGCAUUUGUAUUUUUGCCCAAAUUGAUAAAAUGGAUAUUGUGUAUAUUUGAUAAGUUACGCGAAUAUUGACUCUUAGUGCGUGUUUAAACACAAUUCAACGGAAAUCAAAGUCGUUAGGCAUUUAAAAAUGUUUUCAAAAAUCAACGGUGGAUCGUUAGAGAAAAAAAAUCGCAUUGUGCAUGAGUUUAAAAAAAAAAGUUAUUGCUCGCGUGAGAUUGAAAUGCUCUCUAUGCAUAUAGAAGCCAAUUCGCUGGAGUUUUUUUUGUGUGCCAUUGCCACAGAAAAAAAAUGCAACGUAGAAUGCGAAAUGUGUGAUUGCGUGUGUUUGUAAAUUGGACUGAUUUUCGUCGACAAAUUUGAGGGAUGAAGGCAGAAAAAAAGGAAGCACCCCAUAGGGCCAAUGCCCAUAAAUCUCACUAAUUUGCACACAUUUUUCACAUUCAAAAAAUCCACAAAUUCGUAUGUGUAUCAUCGCUAAACAAUGUAGAUGUAGGAUAAAUCACCGUAAUUAAAUGACACGUGAGAUAAAACAAAAAGUUUCAUAUUAAUUGGGAAUCAUUUUGAGGAUUCCAUCGACGGUUGCUUACAAAUCACGCACUUAAAAGUUUAAAGAGAAAUUCAUAAAAAACACCAUCAUUGCCAUUUGAUAUUCACAAAAGGAAAUUCAUCACAAAAAAAGCUCCGAAAAGCCCCGAAAAGCUCCUCUGGAUUAUAUAUAGAGAAAGAAAUCACAACAAAUAAUUUUUUUCCUAAAAUAAAAGCAUCUCAUGAAUCUUUGGGAACGGAUUAAUGGUGAUCCGUCCGAGUGGUCACUAAAUUUGGUUCGAAAUUUAAUGAUGCGUAACCAAUUUAAGCGAAGGGUGGACGAACAUUUAAUCUCACACCCCUCCUCCAUCCCUCAGCGGAAGCUAAAUAUAGUCAUAAUAUUUUGGAGGCAAUAACGCGACAUAUAGGCUUUGUGGCUAAUACCCCAUCUAAAUGCGCAGUUUAGCUCAAAGAUAGAAGCUAUCGUGAUGAUUUUUAUUGUUAAUUGACUCAAUACACUCUAUUAACCGCAAACCUCCAUUUUCACCCAGCACUAAAAGUCUCCAAUGUUCGUGCAACCUCAGAAAUAUUUACGACUUACUAGGGUAGAAUUAACCCUAAUAUUUCGCUCUAUGUACAUAACUUUCUAUCACAAUUAAUUUUAUUUAUUGCCAUGCAUUUUCUACAGAGAGAAGAAAUUUAUGGUGUCUCAGAUGAGAGACUAUGGGAAAGAUUCAGAAUUAUUGCGCACGAAGAUGAAGUUAAUAUUCAUUUUGUAUAGUAAAUGGUGGCUGACUGAGAAAAAGUUUUAUUUAAUCGAUAAGAAGAGAUUGAUUUUAUAUUCCUUUUGUGGACAAAUUUUGCUGAAUUCUUUAUUUUAUCUGGUUAUACAUUUAAUGCUUAUAUAAGCAAAAUAAUUUAGCUAAACAGAUCCUGAUAGAUUGAUGUUUAAAAAAAAUCAAAACGUCGCCGAAAAGACAAAUCUGAUGAUGAUAAAUUUCCUUCUAAAAAAAUAAGAGCUUUCCAUCACCAUAAUAGACAACAAAACUAAAUGAGAAUAAAAAUCAACUAACAAGAUAAUGCGGAAAACUUAAAGGAAACAUUACUAAACUUUCCUCUUCUGUUCUUUAAUCACCCCAUUUUACUUCAUAUUGCACGCUAUUAUUCAUUUCUCAAACCAUUUUCAUUUUCUUCCCUGGGAAAUUACCCAGAACGUGUACGUCCAAAAUAUUAAUUUUCCUCAAUAGUAAAACUUUCUGUCCAUUAUUCGAAAGCAAUUAACAAUAACAACUUUUCAAAUAGAAAAUUGAUUGUAUUACUGACUUUUCUAUUGUUAAAUUUGUUGCAACUCUUGAUGCACUAAAUGCACCAACUCCCCAUGCGGAGCUUUUAUUCGUCGUUCCUCUCAUUUCUAUUAGUAUGCAAAUAAAUUCUCGGACCUUUCAAAACAACAUUUAGUUCAUCCACUUUAGGAAUAAAUACGUUAGUCCUUUGCACAGCAAAUUGUAUGCUAAUUCACACAGAGUUUUCUUUGUUGGAAUUAAAUUCACAACAAAAUUUCUCUUUUCCAACAUUUGAUGCAACAAAGUGCCAUUGUAUGUUGCCCCUUCUUACUUCAAUAUUCUGCUAAAGCAUUAAAAAUUUAUAAUUCAAUUAAGAUGAAUGCUUUUGUACUGAGUUUUAACAACUCUCGAAUUUUGCAGAGCGGAAAAAUAUAAUUCGUUUUUCGAAUGACCACAGUGCGGUUGAUUCAAUUAGAGAUUUAAUUUACCUCAAAGUCUAUUCGAGUUAUGUUGGAACACUUUACGAUACUACGUACAUUAACUCACUCCGUGUGAGUACUCCUGGCAAGACAUGGGAAAAAUGUACUUUUAUAUUGUUGUACCCUGUCAUGUGAUACCUACCUAUUUAUCUAUCAAGUGAAUUACAUUUUAUUGCCACGACAUCAUCGGGAGAAAGAGUGCAAUUUUGCGCACAAAAAACCUUCUCCGUCUCAUCCAUCUCCCGUGAAUAACAUCCCUGUUUGUGAGCUUUUCCGUCUUUUCACCAAAAGCUCUCGUUCGGGUUUCUAAAGGUUUUCCCGUGAAAUAAUGUUUUCUUUGACAUUGCAAAGAAGAAAGGUUCUUCUGGAUCGUGGGAAAAAUUCGAUAUGGAAAGCACAUUCAUUUUCGGUGAGAGUUAUAUAGAAUUGAUGCUCAUGUAUAGUUUGGUAUGCUUUGCUUCCGCCUUUUGGACGAGCAAUUGCAACGUGAAUGCAGUUGAAUAAAUCUCGGAUAAAAUAUUAUGUGAGGGGAGGGGGUGAGGUAAAAAGUUCCGGGCCAUAUGGGCUAACAAGGAGCGCGAUUAAACUGGCGAAUAUUCAGGAAUUUUCUAAAUUCAUUAAAUUUUAAUAUGUAAUGUUCAUCACUGUUGAAGAUUUUAAAGAAAACUUAUUAAAAAAAAAUACGAAAAUAUUAAUUAGUAUUAAAGAAAAACUUGUUUAUUUUAAAUUUAAAAUCUUUUGUAAUAAAAAACUAUAAGAUAACACCGCUAAGUUAGACAUUCGACUAAAGAUUAAUGCAAAUUAUUGCAGUGGAGGCGCCGGCAAGCUCUGAAACUUUCUAAAAAAAAAUAUCUUUGAAAAGCGUUCUAAUAAAACAUUUUAAUCAAGUUUUAUUUAUAUUCUUUCUAAAGCCAUAAACUUUUUAACUCUCAUCAACUUUAAAUCGAAUUGUUCUUCUGGAAAUGCUCCAGGAAAAAUCAAUUUAGUUGUGAGAAAAAUAUUUCCUAACCAGAGAAGGGGAAAUAAUUGGUUCAAAUUGCACAAAUCUCAAAGUGUUUAGAGCCAAAAAGGAAAUUAAUCGUGGAAAACUCCUUGAGAGUGUAAUUUUUCAUUUGGUGAACUGAUCGGAAAAUUACCCCGGAGACAAAUUUUCCGUGUACAGUACAUAGUAAAGUGACGGCGGGAGAAAGUUUAUGUGGAAUUUGGAAGAAUGUUGAUAGAAAUUUUUAUCGCAGCCGAACGGGAAGAGCUUUUUGGGAGCUUUUUUGCAAUCCACUCGCACCCUCAUCCCACCACCACACUCUUUGUACAUUCACCACCCCCAUCCCUUACUCUUUGUCAUAAUAUUCCUCACAGAAAAUAGGUGCCAAACAUUUUUACGAUUCACUUUGUUACCAUUUUUCGUGCUCGUUUACUCAAUACCGCCGCUACCCGAUGGUGUAUGUCAAGAAAGAGACAUAAAAAAAACAAGGAUACACCCAACAAUAAUUUAUAGUUCAUACGUGUUUUUAUUCGAUACAUUUAAAUAUAAUAAAAAAAACUACGAAACUAAAAUGAAUUUAUAUGAUAAAUGGCAAGAGAUAAACCAUAAAAAAAGAGAGGAGAAAAUCACUUCAGAAUGAUAAAUGAUUUGAAAAAAGCAUUUUAGCAGCAAAAUCAAUGAAAAUUAUACUGAAUUUAUUGUGAAAAAAAAAUGUUUUCUGGUGUUAUCUAUACUUAAAUAUAUUUUAUAAAAAAAAUCAAACAAUAAUUUCUCUUAUGUGCAUUUGAUGAGCAAAAGUGGAAACAUUAAAGAGAAAUUGCAAGAAAAAA